UGGCUGGUGUUAGAGAUUGUAUGAUUUUAUAAAAUUUAAUACAGUAAAAAAAAAAAAAAAAAAAAAAAAAAAGAUUUGGGGAGGGGGAUAUUGUCCGUGCCCCCCCCCUCCUCGUUACGCCACUGUAUGUAGGACUUUGUUUUACAACGUUUAGCUUAAUUCUGGUUUAGUAGCGCGUUUAGGCCUGACGUGAAUUCUAGAGGGGUUAAGGGAAUGUUUCGUCAAAUAUAAUGUUGGAACCUUUGACGUUCUAACAUGCGAUUACUGCUUUCGACAAGUAAAAGUAACCAUGACAAAUGCCGAUAAAUACCAAUAUUUGAUACAUGUAAAGCAAAGCUAACAUAUACUUUGACGAAUAUAGCCUACUUCAAAACUUGUUCAUGCUCUAGAUCCAGGGAGGGAAAGUACCCCCCCCCCCCCCCCCAACACACACACACACACACACACACACACACGCAGCACGAUAUGUUUAAUUACAUAGUUUUUAGUUCCGCCGCCUGUGGUUGUUUUUAGAGAACUCAGUUAUUGUUGUUGUUGCUCCCUCGUCCCAACCUGAUGCGGGUCAUGUUAUCUAGUAAACAGGUAUCGGAAUGUUACAAGUACGGGGGAAGUGGGGCGAAUCCGAUUAGUAACGAAAUGUUCCGAUUCUGGCCGAUAUCCAAAUUCGGGAGUUCUCGCCCCGUAUCUCCUAACAACCGGUGUAGUUUACAUUUAUUCGGAAACAUGGCCGCCUCCAGUUGAAACGGGCACCUGUCGCUGCUUAGACUACAUACGCCAUAUUAUUAAAGAAUUAGUCCACAAAAUUACCGUUUAGUUUAUCAGUAGCGUUAGUUUUAGUUUGUAAAUAGCUUUUAAUUUGCUAACCAUGGAGGCUGUGGCUUCAAAGAACCAUGUACUUUCCGAUUCUAACUUGAAGAGCAGACCCGAAUUCCGGACAUAUCUGACGACGGACGCCAGCGCUGGCGGUGACGUCGUGACACAGAUAAAGGAGAAACGUCGACGUCGUCACCAGAACUUCCCUUGCCUUCGCGGCCGCGCCGAUGUCGAUUCUUUUCAAGAAAAGGUAAACGAGAACCCGUCUUUUAAGAAAUGGAACGACGAAGGGAACUACAGAGCCCCGGCCCCAUACAGAAGCUUUGACAACAUCGUGGAUCCUGUGUCGGGCUUUGUCAGUGUCGGAGGCGAUAUGGAUCGAAACACUGGCCACACGAUGAUGCGGUCGUUUGUUCUGCUCAGUGACACUCCGCAGUCGGCUGCUCCGAGAGAUCGUCAUUCGAACCGCACCAACGAGCCGGCGGCGCCCAUGGAACUGCGGAGAGCGACCACCACUGGUGGCCCGUCACAAUGGAACAGCAGGAAGGUUCCCGACGCUUCAAUUAGAGCAAAGUUGGGGGGUUGGACCAGUGACCAUGAUCCAAGAAAACCAGUCUCUCAACCUCUUGGCUUGAGGCGCUCUAAGUCAAUGUAUGCUGGCCCACAGUCUUCUGAACUGAGCAAGUCGAGCAAAGAUCUCCUGGCACUGAAGUAUAUGUACAGUUCGUCGACACAAAGAGGUUACGAAGAAGUGCAGUGGGACAACAUGCUGGGACCGAAGGUUUGGCCACCGGUCUCCACGCUGGAGGACAAGGCAGAUCCCGUGUCUCAGCGCUGGAACCUCAAGAGAUAUCACCCUGCGGCUCAGGAGUGGCAGGCGAUGGGCCGAGGUUGGGACUGGUUCCAGACACGACAUGGCUACUACGGAAAUAGGCCUGUUGUCUUCUGCAAUCCUCUUCCAAGAACCCCGCAUAUUCCUGGAUACAGUGGAUGUGUUGGAGCAGAAAAUUUGGAGGAGAUGGACAAUAUUCAGGAGGAAUUUACACCAUUUACAGUGAAGAGAGCGACAGUACCCAGACCAACCGACACAGCUCAUCGUCCCAACAUUCCAUGCUACACAGGAUGUUCUCUGUGGCAAGGGGCGUAUAACUCUAACAACAGCCACCACGCAGCAGAAGCUGUUCCAUCCACUGCCGAUGUUCACAGGACCCAUCCUGUCAGUCCAAAUGAAUCAUCGUUCAAACGAGGCUCUCGCAUGUCUAAGAUGGUCACCUUGGUUCCUCCGUGUAACCCGUUCAACUCAGUCGAGAAGGAGACCAUUGUCGUUAGCUGAAUAUCAUCAUGAUAGCGCCUACAUUUCCACUAAGGAAUAGCCACAAAACUAACGAGAAAAUUGUUGAGAAUAAUCCUCAAUUCUCAAAACUAUUAUUGGGGCUAAAAAGGUUCCAACAUUCAUUAACCCUUUGUAUCUGACAACUUCCAACCCCAAAUCUUGCUUUACACCCAGAAAUAAGGAAUUAUUUGAAGUGCAGCUUGCUUUUUGAAAUAUUUAAUUAUAUUUAUUAAUUUUAUUAAAUACAUUUAUAUUUAUAAAAGGUUUGCCAUGAACACCAGAAGGUUGUAAGUGAUACAUGUGUUCUGAAAAAGUAAAAACUGAUAUAUUAAUUACACCAAUACCAGGAAGAUUAAGAUACCUUGAUCCCACAUAUAUUCUUAUAUCUUUCAUCUGUUGCCAACAUGGCAUGACCUUGUGAUGAAGUGUUAAUACAGUAGACUACAUAUGUUGUGUCAUUUAUGACACUGGGAAGAUAUAGUGAUAUGUUUUGUGUAUAUUCCUUGACAAAAAGAAGGUCAAAGCUGUUGAUUUACCUGCUGUCAGUAUUAAAGCUUUUAGUAAGCUGUUAA